ACACACACACCCACACAGACACACAUCUCUGGGUGGUCCCCAAAGUUAAGACCUGGGACCAGAAGAGCUGUUUGACAUCUGACUAAUAACAGUUGACAUUUCGUGACCUUCUGCCUUCUCGCUGUUCUGAAGUUCGUCCUCAGUGCAGGUCAACAGUGUAAGAACAGCCGCAGUACAAUGGCCGCCUUCCUUCACCACUGCCCCUUCCUGAAGUCUGCGCCGAAGCCGGCUUUGAGGAGAACCGGAGCCGCCUUGCUGUCUAUGGCCGACCAAUGCCCCAUCAUCGUCCGCCAGAUCAGUGUGAGCGCCACGGCCUCUCUGGAGGCCGAGGCCAACGUCUCGCACAGACUGAAGAGCCCCCGACUGCCGACGGAGGUCCAAAGGAGGCAGCUUGCUCAGACGGCUACGCAGGUGGCUGUGUCCGUGUCCAAGGGCUGCCCCUUUGUCACCUCUCAGAUCGGGUUGGUGCGAGCCAGCCCCGAAGUACAGGAGGACGUCCGAGAAGGUUUGAAGACUCUGAAGGGUUCAAUGGAUUCAAUCGUCCCCGCAUCCGCUCAGGCAAGCGCUGUCACCCAGCUCCUCCAAGACAACAUGGUUGGUCCGAGCUACGACUAUGACCGCUUCUUCACCGAGAAGAUUUCUGAGAAAAAGAAGGAUCACACAUACAGAGUCUUCAAGACCGUGAACAGGAGCGCUAAGGUCUUCCCCUUCGCUCAGGAUUACUCCGUCCCCGGGCGGGAAAACUCGCAGGUGUCUGUCUGGUGCAGCAAUGAUUACCUGGGAAUGAGUCGGCACCCUCGGGUCCUCGGCGCUAUCAGAAAUGCCGUGGACAACCACGGUGCAGGAGCUGGUGGCACCAGGAACAUCUCAGGCACAAGUAACUUCCAUGUGACUCUGGAGAGGGAGCUCGCACAGCUGCACCAGAAAGACGCCGCUCUGGCCUUCUCCUCCUGCUUCGUGGCGAAUGACUCCACCCUCUUCACUUUGGCCAAGAUGCUGCCAGGGUGCGAGAUAUACUCUGAUGCAGGGAACCAUGCAUCGAUGAUUCAGGGCAUCAGGAACAGCCAAGCCAAGCGUUUCAUCUUCCGCCACAAUGACAGCCAGCACCUGGAGGAGCUGCUCCAACGAUCAGACCCCAACACGCCUAAAAUAGUGGCAUUUGAGACUGUGCACUCAAUGGACGGUGCAAUAUGUCCUCUGGAAGAGCUGUGCGAUGUCGCUCAUCGCCACGGAGCUCUGACGUUUGUUGAUGAAGUUCACGCUGUGGGCCUGUACGGAGCUCACGGAGCUGGAGUGGGAGAGAGGGACAACGUCAUGCACAAGAUGGACAUUGUUUCAGGGACCUUGGGCAAAGCCUUCGGCUGUUUCGGAGGCUACAUCGCCAGCAGCUCCGCCCUGGUUGACACGGUGCGCUCCUUCGCAGCGGGCUUCAUCUUCACCACCGCCCUGCCCCCGAUGAUCCUGGCCGGGGCCCUGGAGUCAAUCCGGUUCCUGAGGAGCCGGAAGGGGCAGGUGCUCCGCAGGUCUCACCAGCGGAACGUCAAACACAUGAGGCAGCUGUUGAUGGAUAAGGGCCUACCUGUGGUCAACUGUCCGAGCCACAUCAUCCCCAUACAGGUAGGAAAUGCUGAGCUGAACACCAAGGUGUGCGACACCCUGCUGGAGAAGCACAACAUCUAUGUUCAGGCCAUCAACUUCCCCACAGUGCCUCGCGGUCAGGAGCUGCUGAGGCUGGCUCCGUCUCCUCACCACAACCCGGCCAUGAUGGAGUACUUUGUGGAGAAACUGGUGGAGGUGUGGCACGAUGUGGGGCUACUGGUCAACGGCUCGGCGACAGCUUCCUGCAACUUCUGCGACCGCCCGCUUCAUUUCGACCUCAUGACUGAGUGGGAGAAAUCCUACUUCGGCAACAUGGAACCACAAUACAUCACUGUGCAGGCAUAAUACCAAAGUACACAAGGUAGACAUGCAGAAAUGCCCUAUGCAGCUUAGUUUAAAGUGUGCUUUAAUGGAAGUGGAAUAGCCCGAAUUCCAGAGUUUAUUAUCUGUUUUCCUGUAUUUAAGUUCUAAAUUGUGUUUUCUGUCAUGGAUUUGAUUAAAGAAAAGUGUGCCUUUUCCCUUUCAAAAGCAUAAAACCUGCACAUGAGGCACUUUGUCAUAUAUCUUUUCUUAGUGUGUUUGUUUGAAUUAAACUAUAUUUACCCCAA